ACUUCACUGUUUUCGUCGCAAGUAAUAAAAUAAAAAACAUGCACAAGUUUUCCUUUGUUUCCUAUUGUGUGGUGACACUGGUGGCCGUGGUGCUGUUUUCGGGAGAAACUCGAACGGCGGAGGCAGUGACAUGUGAUGUCUCGGAGCUCAGCCCAUGCAUGGCGGCAAUCACGUCGCCGAAGCCUCCAACGACGACUUGUUGCAGCAAGCUGAAGGAGCAGAGGCCAUGCUUUUGCCAGUACCUUAAGAACCCAACCAUUAAACAGCUUGUUGACUCUCCUAAAGCUAAAAGGAUUGCUAGCACCUGUGGUGUUGAAUAUCCUCAGUGUUAAAAAAUUAGUUUUGCAUUAAGCAGAAUUAGUGUGUUAUUACUGUGGGUUUAAGCUGGAUUAAACUCAUAAUGGAUUAGUGUUUACAUGUGCUCUGAUGAACUAU